GCAUCCCUCCAGCAGCAGCAGGGUGCAGCAGUUCUCUCCCCUUUGGGUACUUUGGUGCUUUCCUCUGUGGAUAAAGCAUGAUUUCUUGAUCCCCUGGGGCACUUUGCUCCAGGAUGGCACUGGGAACCUGGUGCAUCCUGUUACAAAGAUUCCCUGUACUGAAGAGAGUCUGGUGAUAACUGGAUAAACCCCAGCCUGUGAUUAUUUCAGAAAGAAGAUGAUGUGAACGGGCUGUAAGAACCAGAUGAGAUGGAGGAAGAGCUGCCCUGCUCUGAGGUGGAUGGAAAAAGUGUCCUCAGGGAUCUGGGGGUGGAGAGCAAUCCCACAGGAGACACGUCUGGAGCACGAGAGGUGCCCUGUGCUGAGAGCAGCACAAAAGAAGAGGCUCCUUGUGACCCAGGCAUUGCCAGCAGCGAGGGCAGCGUGGAGGGAGAGAUGCUGGGCAGCGACAGAGACGGGGAAGGGGAGAUUCCCAGCACUGGCAGUGAUGGGGAAGAGGAAAUUCCUGACGCUGGCAGCGACAGGGAAGGGGAAAUUCCCAUCACCAACAGCGACGAGGAAGGGAAGAUUCCCAUCACCGACAGCGAUGGGGAAGGGGAAAUGCCCUGUGACGCGAAAGAAGAGGCGUCCUGCUCUGAGAGCGACGCAGAGGAAGCACCAGAUGCUGUAAUCCCCUCUGCUUCCAAGAAAAUAACUUCUAUUUCCUCCCCCUUACGGGCCAUCGUCCGCCUGCGCCGCUGCUACAGGGGGCUGAAGAAAAGCCGUCUGCACCUGGAGCUCCCUCGGGAAAAGUCUGCUGAGUUUGUCCACACCAGGCUGCUUCAAAGGCAGCUGUCCCUGGGCAGAACUUCCCUCUACAGCCCUUCCAUGUCCUUCUUUAACCAGUCUGGCUUUGAGAGCUCCCAGUACUUCACCUUUGACACGUCUGUGGAACAUUACUCCGUGAAAAAGUGCAGGCGGAAAAAGAGCCGGAGGAAAUCCAGGAUGGUCCUGUACCCCGAUAAAACAAAGAAAUACCUCCCAGCAGAGGAGAAGAGCAAGGCAAAGCGCUGCCUCCUCUUGCUCAUUGCCAUUAUCUUCUUCCAGAUUCUCAAUGCAAUAGAGAACCUGGAUGAUAACCUCCAAAAAUACGACCUGGAUGGUUUGGAGAAAACCAUGCACCGGGAAGUAUUUGGGCAGAAGGCUGCUGUGGAAAGUAUUGUGGAAUUACUGAAAGACUACCUGGCUACCCACAUCCACAACAAGCCUCUGGUGAUCUCUCUGAAUGGCCCAGCAGGGGUAGGGAAGAGCCACGUGGGCUGGGUGCUGGCCAAACAUUUUCGCUCUGUCAUGGCCAAUGACUUUGUGCUCCAGUAUUUUGUGAUGCAUCACUGCCCCAGCGGGGUGGCUCCCCUCACCUGUGAAAUUGAUCUGUCCAAGAAGAUUUCUGACAUGGUUACCAGAGCUGAAAUAGAGGAAAAGACCCCGCUGUUUAUUCUGGAUGAGGUUGAGCUCAUGUCCCCCGUCCUGCUGGACACUCUCGGCCGAUUCUUUGAACCCAACCAAACCAACGAGUUCCUCAAUGCCAUUUACAUUUUAAUAAGCAACCUGGGAGGUGCUGAAAUCACCAAGUUCGUUCUCCAGAAUGCGUCCACUGAGCUCCUGCAUCAGCAAAGGGGAGCUGAGGAGCUGCUGAGCGUCAUCCAGCCGGUCCUGGUCGGUGUCCACCCUCUGUGGAAGGCUGCAGACAUCAUCCCCUUUGUGCUCCUGGAGAAGUCUCACGUCAUAAACUGCUUCCUGGAGCAGAUGAGGAGGGAGGGGCUCUAUCCCGACCAGAAGCACAUUGAAAAUUUGGCAAAUCAGCUCAGUUACUACACUACAGGGGACAAGCAGUACUCCAGCAUGGGCUGCAAGCAGGUUGUGGCCAAAGUCAACCUCCUGUAGGGAUUUACUGCAGAGACCAAGCCCUGCUCUCAGGAUUUGGGAAGUUCUGUGCUCAUGAGGAGCGUGUUACGUGCUCAAGGAGUCCUUUCUGAGCCUGCAAUGGCUCUGCCCUGCUCCAGGCAGAGGGGUGGCAGCCUGGACAACCUGGUCCCUCUUCUCCAGAUCAAUUUUUCCUGAUGUCCUGUGAAAAAGGAAGGGCAAGGAAGCCAGAGCCACCUCCCAAUAACUGCAAGAUGCUUUGUUCCUGACAUUCUCAUCUGGGAUUCUUGUCAUUAAGGAGUUUUGAGGAGGCAUCAAAAGCUGCAGGGUAUAAAUAGGAUGGAACAAUCCCUGGGUCACUGCCCCUGUAGAAUUUGUCACCUUGUGUGUCUCACUGUGCCCUGGCUCACAGCUCUUUGCUCUUCUUGGUCCUGGCACUGGGACAGUUUGUGGCUUCUGUCCCCCCAAAAUGUGCAGGCACCCAGAGCCCUGCCUUCCUCAGCUCCUACGUGACCACAUCCUCUGGAGAUGUUUUUGGACCUGUUCCUGAGCUGUUGCUCCUCUGAGCUCAUCCCUGAGCUCACCUUUGGCACCUGCAGUGAGAUUUCUGCCCUGCAGGUGUGUUUGGGCUCGCCUCAAAGACUGCUGAGCUGUGCCAGAUGGUUCAGAAAUAACCUCUGGAUUGUUCCUCAUCCUCAGAGCUCUUCUGCUUUUCCCCUCUGGGGACACAUCACCGUGGUCAGUCUUUAUCUAGAAAGCCCAAAGCAGCAAUUGGUGGACAUUGAGCAGCACACACUGGGAAGGAGUUUGGGUGAUGGGGUGGGAAUCCUGGGCUUGUUCCCAGUGCUGAGAGGCCAAGAAGAAGCUGUUUGCUGUUGAGCCCCAGGUGAGAUGUGGCCUGGGGGCAGCUCGGGAGGAGCACACAGCCAUGUUUUGAGCAAAACUGAGCAGGUAUUUAUGAAAUUGUUUUCUCAGGUUGUGGUUUUGUACAAGAUUUCUGCAGCUUGCUGUGAAUUCCCAGGCAAGAAGCCCCGUGGAUGUUUGCACUGGGGGCUUGAUUCACCUCUUUCUAAUUGCUGGUCUCCAAAGACUCUGUCACAUGCUCCAGCUUCCAGAGCUAUUGUCAGGAAUAAACCCAAACUAUCCUGAAUAAAAUAAUUGAAAGUACA